AUGGAGGUUCAGGUGUUGGUGUUUGCCAUGUUGUGUUUGGAGUGUGUGUGGACAGAGGACAGGAUUCCCCCCUCAGAUAGACACGCCGUCUACUGGAACAGCUCCAACGCCAGGUUCUGGCACGGAGAGUACACCGUAGCCGUGAACAUCAACGACUACCUGGACGUGUACUGUCCGUACUACGAGGAGCCUCAGCCUCAGUCUCCAAGCCGGAUGGAGCACUACAUCCUGUUCAUGGUUAACCACGAUGGAUACGUGACCUGUGAACAUCGCAUGAGGGGGUUUAAACGCUGGGAGUGUAACAGGCCGCAGAACGUUGACGGGCCGCUACGCUUCUCCGAAAAGUUCCAGCUCUUUACGCCGUUCUCACUCGGCUUUGAAUUCCGCCCAGGACACGAGUACUACUACAUCUCGUCUCCUCACCCCAAUCAUGCUGGAAAGCCCUGUUUAAAGCUGAAGGUUUAUGUAAAACCAGCCGAUGGUUCGGCGUUUGAGUCUCCAGAGCCGUUCCUGAUCGACCGAAGUGCGACUAAUGAGCAUCACAUCUGUGUUUUAAUGCUAUCAGCAGCUGUGUUGGUCCUGAUGAUGAUGCUCGUGUAG